AUGGCUUCCGCACGGGAAGAGAGAGUUGAGAACAUCGCGGCGGAUGGGGAUGUGAUUCUAGAAGCGAAAUGGUUCGGUCCUUUCAGCACUACACCUCUUCUAGUGAAGCUUCGGGUUUCUUCCGCCGUUCUGAUGAGGAGCUCGAAGGUAUUUGCAGCGCUGCUUGGACCACAUUUUCGAGAAGGCCAGGCUCCACGAAGCGUGGCCUCCCCACUGGUGAUCCCUCUUCCGGAAGACAGGUCAUCUGCCAUGAAAGACAUGUGCUUGAUGCUACACGGAAUCGCACCUCCUGGUAUUGACUCUGCAGACCCUGGCCGGGUGUUGGCGCUCGCUCGAGUGGUAGAUAAAUACGCAUGCGGCCCACAGCUUCGACUGCAGAUUACGGCAGUGCUCUACCAUUGGCUGGAGAACAUCAGCGACGAACACAUGUCAGAUAUCGAUUUGGAGAGGUUUGGCGCACCUUUGCACUUGAGCACCUUGUGGCUGCAGCCUACCUCUUCGACAGCAACCAUUUCUUUCACAAAGCCACUCGGCGUCUGGCGAUUGAAAGCAAAGGACUCCGCGGGCCCGAACACGCGCGUGAACUUAUCCCAGAGAUCGUCUGGAGUCAGUAUGAAUCUUGCCCCUUGCCCUUUGUUCCUGGUCUAA